CAACUACGGAGACGCGCCUUUCAUGAUCAUCUCUCACUUUCGCUGUGUUACUCCAUGCUGCUAUAUAAAGCUAUUCAUUGAAUCGCAUGCCGUAUUCCUUCUCGAUUUCUUUCGAGCUCUGGUCUAAAUACACUGGCACGCCACAGGACUGAUGAUCACACACGCCUCGUUGUGAAACUUCGUUAUUUCGGGCGUUGCAGCAGCUUCCAAGAACCCACUGUGUGAGUUAUACAUGCGAGAAGGUCCUACUUGGAGAAUUUUCGGGGUCAAGUGGUCCAGGAAAAUCAGUGCAGCCCGGAGGCGUUAUGCUCCAUGCCCAACUGGGUAAAAAUCCUCCCAGCGUUUCCCUUUUUGUGGGUGCAUUAGCACGAGGUGCGUGCUUCGACUCUCCACGCGCUCUUCAUUCUCAGAGCGGCCCGUUAUCUCGGGGGACUUGAGGGCCACGAUGACGCGAUGAGAUAAUGGGAAAGCACGAUGGAUACAUAUAAACCAACCCGAGUUCCUUUCUCGUCUUCGCGCAAAAAUGAGACCCAUCUUACAUCUGAUCAUCGCCCUCGCUGUUGGUGUUGGAGGCGUUGGAGCUAUGGACGCCGCAGCAGCCAUGCAGCGGGAGCAGAUACAGCGUCUACAUGAUUUCCUUGGACCCGCUCCAGAAGCUAUUGACCCCAACGCUCAAGCACAAGAGCCAGUUAUGACGUUCGCCAAUCCGGCUGCAGCGAAAUUCUUCGUCGAUGGGAAGUCCAUCCCCGAUGUCAACUUCGACGCGGGGCCCUCCUACGCUGGCCUCAUGCCAAUCUCUGGAAACCGUAACGAGACGCGCAAGCUGUUUUUCUGGUUUUGGCCGACCAAUAAUGCCUCUAACGUAAAAGAUCUGCUCUUCUGGACGAACGGGGGCCCGGGAUGCAGUAGUCUGGAAGGAUUCUUGCAGGAAAACGGUCCAAUCUCUUGGACCUGGGGUCAGUCUGCUCCAACUCGCAACAAGUGGUCUUGGACGAAUCUCACCAAUGUGUUGUGGGUCGAACAACCAGUAGGAACUGGGUUCAGUCAAGGGCAGCCUGAUAUCACAAACGACGACCAGCUGGCAGCUGAAGUCAUGGGAUUUUUGGAACAAUUCCUCAACGUGUUCUCUGAACUCAAGGGGAACAAUUUCUAUCUCACCGGAGAAAGCGUACGUCCUACCGUGAAGUCCGGUGGUUCUUCUGACGAUGUGAUCAGUAUGCUGGUUUCUACGUCCCAUACAUAGCUAAUUGGAUCUACGAGCAUCCCGGACUCGAAGUCAACCUCAAAGGGAUAUGGAUUGCUGAUCCAUCACUGUCUUACAAUGUGGUUCAAGAGGAGAUUCCGGCACUUCGGUUUGCCAGAGCUAACCAAAAUCUUUUCCCGUUCAACAGCUCUUUCUGGGCUCAUCUCCAAGAUAUAUCAGACACAUGCGGAUACACGAACUACCUGGACGACUUUGUAACGUACCCUCCAGCCGGCCAGCUGCCUUUCCCAGUCGGAACGAACGGAACAUUUUCUGCGACCGCCGCAUGUCGCAUACACUCGCCAAUUCAGCGAGCUAUUGGACUACUAAAUCCAGUGUUUGACGUGUACCGAGUGUCAGACACUUGGCCUAACCUCUGGAGCGUGCUUGGUUUCCCACAAUCAACGCAGCAGUUCAUCUAUUUCAAUCGGACUGAUGUAGGAGACCCAUCUAUCGCUCGCUGUAUCUUAUGAUUGUUCCAGGUCCAAAAUGCUAUCCAUGCACCGCAUAUUAACUGGCAGAUCUGCUCCCAAGGAAGCGUCUAUCUGCCCGGUGGCGACAGAAGUAUUCCGUCGACGCUGUCCGUCCUGCCGAAUGUCAUUGAAAAGUCCGAACGGACGGUCAUCGUGCAUGGAUUGGCGGACUUCAUCCUCAUUGCCGAGGGCACUCGGAUCGCCAUCCAAAACAUGACUUGGAACGGCCUGCAAGGCUUCCAGACCCCGAUCGAGAACGAGUCGUUUACUGUCGCGAAGAUGGGCACAUACGGAAACCAGCACACUGAGCGUGGCUUGACCUAUGUUGAAUUCUACUUCUCAGGCAAAAUCAUCCCCGCAGAGUUUGUGCCGUGGGCCGCCUUCUCCACUGUCUCGUAUCUUCUCGGAAAGCAGGAUUCGCCUUCCUCCGGUUGAAAAAGACCGGCGGCUGGUUUCGUGAAGUGUCCCUCCGCAAUCAGUUUCAAUACAUUUACACUUCAUUUCUGUACACUUGCGUUGUAUACAUUGGCACCCAAGUUGAAAGUUGACUCAACACUUGACCCCGAUCGAUUCGGCAGCGUCUGCCGGUCACAAAAGUGACGCCGAGUGUCCCUAAGUAUCAACUAAGCCCUUGCAUCUCAAGCCGGGACCCAAAGGUUUUCGAGGCAGUCAGGAAUCCUCCUUCAACCCGGAAACAGCACCAGUCAUGUCUGCCGCCCCAUCGCUCCCUGCAAACCUCACAGGGCAACUUGAUGUGUUGAUGAUCGACAACUUUGACUCGUUCACCUGGAACCUGUACCAGCAAAUCUCUCUCCUAGGCGCAGAGGCCACCGUCAUCCGCAACAAUGCGAUACCCGAGUCUCUCAUCCCUGAGCUGAAAAUCAAGUCGCUCGUCAUCUCUCCCGGGCCCGGCCACCCGUUGACGGAUUCUGGGAUUUCGAAAGCCGCCAUCGAGCACUUCCAGGGAAAGGUUCCUGUGCUGGGUGUGUGUAUGGGGUUGGAGUGUCUCGUGGACCUGCAUGGUGGCUCCAUUGGCUACGCUGGUGAGAUCAAGCAUGGGAAAGUCAGUCGCGUCCGGCACGACAAUCGCGGUUGCUUCCGGGACAUACCCCAAGGCAUCAAGUCUACUCGAUACCACUCCCUCAGUGCAUCUGCAACGACUCUUCCCGCUGACCUCGCCGUCACCGCACUCACAGAGGACUCAGGAGUGAUCAUGGGAGUGCGGCACCGGAAGUACACGGUGGAAGCGGUUCAGUAUCACCCGGAGAGCAUCCUCUCUGAAGGAGGAGACGAGUUGAUUCGCAAUUUCCUCAAUCUGAAGGGCGGAACUUGGGAGGAGAAUCCUGAUUACAGAGUCAACGACUCGGCCGUUUCACCAUUCACUGCAGAUCUGUUGCCGAACGGUGUCACCGUCACUCCUGCAGCGGCAGCUAAAAUCCCGACCAUCCUCGAGAAAAUCUACGCGCAACGCAUCGCGGACGUUGAGACGGCAGAGAAGACUCCAGGUUCUACUCUGGAAGACCUCAAAACGCUUCUUUCGCUAAACGUUGCACCGCCUCUUAUCCCCUUCCUUCCACGUCUGCGACAGCACGCUGCCGGACAUGCGUCUCUGCUAGCUGAAAUCAAGCGAGCGUCACCCUCCAAGGGUCCGAUCUCGUUGUCGACCUCACCCGCGUCUCAAGCGUUGACGUAUGCGCUGGCUGGGGCCCACGCGAUCUCUGUGCUGACUGAGCCCAAGUGGUUUCUCGGCACACUGCAGGAUAUGUUGCACGCGCGCAUGAGUGUUGCAAACCUGCCUGACCGGCCUGCCAUCCUGCGCAAGGAUUUCAUCCUGAGCCGUUACCAGGUGCUUGAAUCCCGCCUGUAUGGUGCGGACACGCUUCUUCUGAUCGUCAGCAUGCUUCCAGAGGCUCUGCUGCGGGAUCUGUACGCCUACAGCGUUGAGCUGGGCAUGGAGCCGCUGGUGGAGGUCAACAACGCAAAGGAGAUGGAGCUCGCGCUGUCCCUCCCUGCUAAAGUCAUCGGCGUGAACAACCGCAACUUGCAUGACUUCAACGUCGACAUGGGUACGACCAGCCGCCUCAGCGAGAUGGUCAAGGGCAAAGACGUCGUUCUUUGCGCUCUCAGUGGGAUCUCGUCUGCGCAGGACGUGGACAAGUAUGCUGCGGAGGGUGUCGGCGCUGUCCUCAUCGGCGAGAGUCUAAUGCGGGCCAAAGAUACCGCCGGGUUCAUCAGACAGUUGCUCACACUACCGGAGCCAGUUGCUCAGACCUGGCAAUCCGAGUCGCCGCUGGUCAAGAUCUGCGGCAUCCGGACAAAGGCAGAGGCCCUGGAUGUGGCUGAGGCUGGCGCGGAUAUGCUGGGGCUCAUGUUCGUCCCGUCCUCGAAGCGGUACAUCGAGAUGGAGACCGCCAAGGACAUAUCUCAGGCCAUCCGGUCCCUUCGAUUUUCUUCGUCGACCCCAAAACCCGUGGCAGAAAAGGCCAAUGGACCCUGGUUCACGACCCACGCGACCCGACUCGCUGCCAGCAGUGGACGGCCAUUGGUCGUCGGGGUGUUCCAGAACGCAUCACUUUCCACGAUCCUGCAUGCGGUCUCCUAUGCGCAGCUGGAUCUCGUGCAGCUCCAUGGCUCGGAGCCAGUCGACUGGGCGCACCAGAUCCCCGUGCCCGUCAUCAAAGCGUUUGGCGCCAACGGAAAGGGCGUCGAGGGCAUUACCCGCGGAGGUGCUCAUCAAUUCGUUCUCCUCGACAGCUUGCGGGACGACGGCAGCGGUGUCAGCGGGGGAACUGGGAAAGUCGUCGACUGGGUCUUGGCAAAGAGCGUCGUCGACGCUGGCGAAAUCGUCCUGGACGGCGGAGCGUCGUACAAGACGGCUGGUGCUGCGACUGAAGCUGCCUCCGAUGCAGCCUCUCCGGCAGGCAAAUACCCGCUUCCGAUCAUUCUUGCCGGUGGCUUGACGGCGGCCAACGUCGCUCAGGGAAUCGCGCAGGUGCGACCAUGGGCAGUAGACGUCAGCGGCGGGGUGGAGCUCGCGGAUGGGACAGCCAAGGAUCUUGAUCUUGUCCGCGCGUUCAUCUCCAACGUGCGGAACCCCGGGCAGGUUUUGGAGGAGCUGGCUCCAGAGCAGGCAGAAGAAAAACUGGCAGGGGAAGAACAACCCCAGGCAUAA